UCUCUGUCCUCAGAUUCUGUGAUUCUAGACCCCAACAUUGCCAACCCAAAGCGCAUCCUGUCUGAGAACCUGACCAGUGCCAUAUACAAUAAAGAGAGACAGCAGCUUCCUGAAAACCCAGAGAGAUUUAAUUACUAUAAAAUGGUCUUGGGCUCUGAGGGCUUUACCUCCGGGACACACAGCUGGGACGUUGAGGUAGGGUUUAAUACAGCCCUGGGUGUGAUAGCAGAGUCUGUCCAGAGGAAGGCAAAAGUAGAAAGUGGAUUCUGGUGUUUAAGCCUUUGGUGUGCAAGCCCCUGUGAUGCUUAUGGUUAUGAUAUUGAUGGUGAUAUUCGAUAUAAAGUAGAGUCCCCUCCGAGGCCAGACAUCCAGCUCAGAUUGAGAAAGAAACCGCAGAGGAUCAGAGUGCAGCUGGACUGGGACAGAGGGAUGCUGUCAUUCUCUGACCCUGAUAAUAACACACAUUUAUACACUAUUACACACACUUUCACUGAGAGACUCUUUCCGUACCUUCUCAAUGAAUGUGCCCUCCAGCCAACCAGGGUAGGCCUCUGAUGGUGGAACA